AUGGCUCGUUACAGAGUUACCAAGACUGCUUCCAAGUCCUGUGGAAAGAAGCCUAUGACCCCCGAGCGCAAAAAGGCACCUCCCAGGCAGGAUAGCCCUAAUGCGAAUGAUCCUCGCAACAGGACUUCUUACCAUGUUGAACAAGUCAGCUGGUCGUGGACCAAUCUUCCCGAUAUUAUCUAUCAGUUCAGUCCUGAGGACAAGGAAAAGCAACUCAGGGACCCAGGCUUGAUGUCCUACCGUAUACAUGGAAAGUACUUGCGCAACCUCCCGGUUCUACCGGACAACAUCUCAUCCACCGUGGAAGAAUUCCGCGUUGAAGCAUGGCAACGCUUGGAUGAGCGCAUUUGCCUUGACGAUAUCACAGCUCGCAUGCAUCCUGACUUCAGGAUUAAGAACAACGCGCUCCAGCAGCGUGGUGUGCGUUUUCGCCAAGCUUUCAACAUCAUCGCCUGGCGCUCGGGAAACAAGCGCAGCGCACAGCUUGAGGCGGAUCUCUUGCAGAAAAUGUCUUCGCUUGGGUUAGACGUGAAGUUUAAUUCUACCCGCGGCAUUACUCCUGGCCUCAUAGAUCCCAGUCGUGGUGAAUCCGGUGGUCGAGUGCCGAUCCCAGCGUGUUGGCAGCAGAGGAAGCUUGGUUCUGAGGGACCCAUGCUUACCCAGCAGGCUGCGACUACAGAGCCAGUUACUAUGGAGCUGGAAAUUCGGCCGAAGAAGAUCAAUGACCCGCCUAAGGUUUCGGAGGACGUUGAGAUGUCGGAUGAUGUCUCUGAGCAUGUAGCUGGAGUCAUCCAGAUGAUUCAAGAGUUUACCGAGUAUGACCCAUCCCACGACCACCCUGAAAGUGCCCUUCCUUUAAUACGGGGCCUCGUCCCCGAUGAGAAGCUCCCCGGCACGGUGAGAAUGAAGGACAUCAACUUGCUCGAGGGCUACGGGCAGCGGACACCGCAAAUCAUCGACAAUGAAGAGCUACCCCUCUUAACAAAUCCCGACAGGAUCGAGUACCGAUCCAAACAAGGCUGGACGCCCAAUUCAGCCAUUUCAAACUCUGAGUUCUGCGACUCAUUUUGCCAUGAAUCCACUCCUGUGCAAUACGAAGAAUUUAUUGAUUUUCCUAUUGAAGCUUUUGAUGCUUCAAGCAAGCCCCAAACGCCAACGACCGAUUUGUUCCCUUUCACCACCCCCAUGAAGCUGGACCUUCUUCCCGAGGGCAUACAAAAGAUUGUGUUCGAUGAUAUGCUGGCUGAGUACUACAAGGGCGAGCGUUACGUUCCUGAAAUGCCCUGGAUCUCUGUCUGA